AUGUUACUUUCCACUCUUUUAACAACAAGUUUUUUCACUUUAAUCAGUGCAAAAGCAAGUGCUUUACCAGAUGCACAUGCUUUAGGUUGGGCUAAAGCAAAUCCUCAAGCUGAAGCUGCUGCUCAAGCCUAUGCUGAUGCUUAUGCUGAAGCCAUUGCUUUAGCUCAUCCAGAUCCUCAAGCUUAUGCCCUAGCUGCUAGUGCUGAUGAUUGUGCCUCAUUAGGAUGUCAUGCUGCUUGUGGUUAUUUAAUCUUGGAUGGUGCUGCAUGUUCACAAAAUGAAACUGAUCAAUAUUCAGGUCCUUAUAAUGAAACUUGUCUUUGUUCUGAGGAUAGUCAUUUCAUGGAUAGAUAUCCUGGUUGUAUGGAAUGUGGUUGGACUUUAUGGAAAUAUUAUGGUCCUUAUGUUACUCAGGCUUUAGAAGCUUGUUCCACAUUAUCAACAGAACCAACUGGUACCUUAAGAUGUUCCACUACUUUAAGUGAAAGUUAUACUAAGGAUGCUAAUGCGGGUUGUGCUUAUGGUGGUUCUUGUGUUACUUCAAGUUCAGAAUCUGGAAACAAUGCUACUGCUACUGGUAUUGUUUCUUCAAAUAAUGGUACUUCAAAUGGUACAAAUUCUAAUGGAGGUUCUAGUUUGACUUCAAGUGGAGGUGCAAGAUCAUCAGAUGCUUCAGCUUCAGCCUCUAAUUCAGGUCCAGAAUCAUCAGGCUCAUCUGGUUCAAGUGCCUCUGGUUCAAGUGAUUCAUCAGCUUCUAGUUCUUCAGGUUCUUCAUCAGCUUCAAAUGGUGCACCAAUCUUAGUUGCUGGUACUUCAAUCUUUGGUGGUUUAUUGGUCGCUCUUUUGAUCUAG